UAAAAGUGUCAAAACUAGGACAUAAUAACCUACUUAAGAUAUUUUCACACUUUCGCAUUUUGGAUGAUAGCGUCAUAGUCCGUAUUUGCGAUUUGAAAUUGCUGUGCGGUGCUUAAAUCUGAUCCCAGCAUAAUCCACAAAGCCAAGUCACGCAACUUGUGUGGCACGUCGGACUUUGAUAAACUACGACCGACUGGCCAAAUAUUGAAAGAAUUGCUAGUAAGGAGAGUCAAUGACGAAGAAUUUUUUCGUCGUGAUCGUAAUUCUAGGGGCUAUUCUUACAAUAAUUAGCUAUUACAAUUUGAGUCGGGACAACUGGAAUGUGAAAGGAUUUCAUUCGUUAUUGGAGACUAGAUCAAGGAGUCACAUAUCUUCAACAAAAGCUCAAACAGGCUUCCUGGUGUCCAGUUCAAAAUGCAAAAUAGUCGACCUAGAUCCGUUCAACGAAGAAGCGAAACUAUUCUACUCCACUCAAAAUUACUAUAGAUGCACGAGAAGAGAACUUUUAACUUUUGUUACGAAAAAGGACAAUAUGGCGGAGGCCACACUGCACAUUAACGCAUCGCUAUUGUCGUCAUAUCAUUUGGAAAAUGAGCGAUGUUGCUAUUCGAAUAUAACCAGAGGUGCACACACGGAUUAUAAAAUCAACAUAACGACGUGCCAAGUAUUUACAAAUAAUGUCACAAUUUAUCAAGAUCCUGUCUAUGUGAACUGCACUGAUCAUAAAGGAACUUUUUACGAAAACGUCCACGUUGCUGUCACAACGACAAAACACAUUCAAACAAAAAUCAAAAAAUCUAAAAACAAAAGACCUCUAAGCGUCCUGAUGGUUGGCAUCGAUAGCAUAUCUCGCUUGAACUUUAUUAGAACUAUGCCCAGUACCUACAAGUACAUUGCAAGCAGUGGAUGGAUGCCCUUGCUUGGUUACAAUAAGAUGGACGAAAACACCUUUCCGAAUUUAAUGGCAAUAUUGACAGGUUUUAACUCAUCCACUUCGGACGAAGUGUGUAGACCGGAAAUAGUCGGCAAGCUGGACACCUGCCCUAUGCUGUGGUACAACUAUAGCAAACACGGAUACAUCACAGCUUUUGCAGAAGAUGAGCCGAACAUUAACACAUUCAACUACGCCAAAGCUGGCUUCAAAAAUCCUCCUACUGAUUAUUAUUUCAGGCCCUACAUUUUGGCCACACAUACCUUGACAAAAUAUUACAUUGAUUAUCUAACUUAUUGUACUGGCCCGGAAACUGCUGCGGAAAGGAUCAUGAAUGUAGCUAAAGAUUUUUCUGUGACCUUUAAGACAUAUCCAUAUUUAGGAUUAUUUUGGAUGAACAGCUUCAGUCACGAAAACGUAAACUCUCCUGGUCGCAUGGAUACGAGAGUCCAAGAGUUUUUGGAAGCUUUAAUGAAAAAGGGGGUGACAGAAGAUAGUAUCAUAAUUUUCUUCAGCGAUCAUGGAAUGAGAUUUGGAAAGAUUCGUUUAUACAACACUGGAUGGCUUGAAGAAAGGCUACCAUUCAUAUAUUUCUCGUUUCCCACUUGGUUCAAGAAAAAGUAUCCUGAGCUUAUGGAUAAUUUCAAAAACAACACGAACAGAUUGACAUCUCCAUACGAUCUACACAUGACACUGCAACAUGUUUUGUUACUACAAGGGAAGAUAUCAGAGCUCCAACCAAGUACCGGCUGCCCAACUUGUAGAUCUCUAUUCCGUGAGAUUCCUUAUAACAGAAGCUGUGCUGAGGCUGGUAUUGGGACCCACUUCUGUACUUGCCACGGAUAUGUACCGAUAAAACUUCCUCAACAUACAAUACUACAAGCAGCAAAACUUAUAAUAGAUGAGAUCCACAAGCGUCUCAAGGAUAUACCAGUUUGUUUACCUUACACGUUCCGUAGAAUCAGGAAGACAGCGAUUUCUCAAAGUGAUCUGCAUGGCAAUGAGACGUAUCUACUAGUUUUGAUCGAAACAAUACCUGAAGCUCUCUUCGAGACAACCUUAGUUGCAAAUGGUGACAUUUCACAAGGGAAUUUCUCGCUUGCCGGGGGUUACAUCAGCAGGAUAGAUUCCACCAAUAGUAAUGAUUGGUGUACAGAUAAGCUCAAAAGUCUUUGUUAUUGUCGCAGGAAGUCAAGAUUUUUGGAAAGCCUUCCGUCUUGGUUGAUGUUUUUGUCGAAUCCUUUUUCGAAUUCCUGAACAUCAAGUACUAUUUUGUUGUUUUAAUAAACAUUAUUCAAGUAAUA